AUGGGGGGCCCAUGGCAGCCCCCUUCUACCUGCGUACUGCUGGUCCUGCUGCUCACGCUCCCGAUGCUUCGGGUGCGAGCGACACAUCCCGACUGCUCCGUCGUCCUCUACUUCCAAGAGCAAGAAGCUGAAUGUCUGGAGAUUAUCAGGAGGGAAAGCCAAACGUCAGCCCCCCCCGGAUCUCCCGGGCAGCAAGGCUGCCUGACCGAGUGGGAUGGAGUGAGCUGCUGGUCGGCCGUGCCCGUCGGCCAGUCCCGAUCCGUCGCCUGCCCCGACAUCCUCCACGUCUUCAAGAAGUCCAAAGCGCUCAUCCGGAGGAACUGCACCGAGUCGGGAUGGAGCUUCCCCAGCCCUCCCUACUACAACGCCUGCGAGCUGGAGGCCGUUGGCAGCAAUAACGACACCGAGGCCAAGAAAGGCUAUUUUGUCACCAUGAAGGUGCUUUAUACCUGCGGCUACUCCACGUCCCUGGCAGCCCUGUUCCUGGCCAUCGGCAUCUUCUCCUGCUUCAGGAAGCUGCAUUGCACCAGGAAUUCCAUCCACAUCCACUUCUUCACCUCUUUCAUACUGCGUGGGGCUGCCGUGUUCAUCAAGGACGCCGUCCUCUUCUCAGAUGAGUCUGUCGACCACUGCACAAUGUCAACAGUCAACUGCAAAGCAGCCAUCGCCUUCUUCCAGUACUCGGUCCUGGCCAACUUCUACUGGCUGCUGGUGGAGGGCAUGUACCUGCAGACGCUGCUGCUGCUCACCUUCACCUCCGACAAGAGGUACAUCUGGUGGUACAUCCUCAUCGGCUGGGGCGUCCCCAUGCUGACGGUCUGUGUCUGGGUGGUCACCAGGCUGCAAUAUGACAACCACGGGUGCUGGGAUGACUACACCAGCCUGUACUGGUGGGUGAUCAAGGCUCCCAUCCUCCUGGCCAUAUUUGUGAACUUCCUCAUCUUCCUCAAUGUCACCAGGAUGUUAGCACAGAAGAUCCGGUCCCCGGACAUCAGCAAGAACUACAAGCAGCAGUACAUGAGGCUGACGAAGUCCACGCUGCUCCUUAUCCCUCUCUUCGGGGUGCACUAUGUGGUCUUCGCGCUCUUCCCUGAGCACAUCGGUGUGGAUGCCCGGCUGUACUUCGAGCUGGUCCUCGGCUCCUACCAGGGGUUCCUGGUGGCUCUGCUGUACUGCUUCCUGAAUGGAGAGGUCCAGGCUGAGAUCAAGAGGAACUGGGGCAAGUGGCAGUCGUCCAUGGAGAGCAACGUCUUCAACUUGGCAACCCAAGACUUCACUGCGUGAUGAGAACGGCGUUUGGGGGGGAAAUACCUCCCUGAGGAUGGUGG